GCUGCCUCGCCGAUUGGUUGAAAUGUGAGCUGACUUACGGAUUGAUCAUAACACGUACGUCACGCUCUUUUGUAUGUCUCCCAUAGGAAACAGCCACGACGAUGUCAUCGGCUCGUGGCAGCGUUGCGGCGGCGGCCAGAAGUCAAGGCGACGUCGCCGUCAAGAGCGUCUCCAAGAAGACCGACACGACCACCACCAGCGUCGGCAGGAAGGACGAGUCCUCCUCGUCGUCUCCCGAAGCCACCGCCGCCGCCGCCGAGCCGCCGUCCUGGCUGCAGUCGUCCAUGUUUCGCUACAAGCCCCGGUGGCGACGCUACGCGAGGUGCGUCCUGCCCGUCACUUCGACAGCGCUGCUCGUGUGCCUCGCCAUACCCGCGGGAAUUCGGUACUUCGUUGGCUGCCAGUCACCGACGUGCGAAAGGUGGAUCGAGGAGAUGAGCGACUCCAUCGACGACACCAAGAAGCCGUGCGACAACUUUUACGACUUCGUGUGCGGACAGUACGAUGCCGCCUCGCAUUCCUUCUUUCCCAACGCCUUCGCGAGCCUCCAAAUCCGCAUCGUCCUGUCCUUCUACAAGAGGAUCAUGAUUCAAGACCUGGACGCGAUGCGCGAGGACGAAGGCGAGGACAGCCCGCGUUUCAAGGCCGUGUACAUGACGCAACGAUGUAUCUACGAGGCGUGGAACGGCGUGGACAAUAUCGACAUGCUCAAGGAGUUCCUGGCCAGCUACAACCUGUCGUGGCCUCCCGACAAGCAGCGGUUGCCCGCGUCUCUUCUGGACACGCUGGUGGAGCUGAGCCUGAAGAGAGACGUGCACGUGUUCUUCCAGUUGCAGCCGGACAAGGACUUGAGCAGGCCCGGAUUCUACCUGCUCCAUUGGGACAUUAAUAUCCAAUCUAUCGUCGCUUGGCUACUUCUGCGAGAAGUUCUGAUAGAAAUGGAACUACUGGAGAAGGCGUUCGUGGAAUCUGCGGUUGUGCUCACGGGCGGGUGUGUUGAAGCAACGUGCCUCGAGAAUAAAAGCACGUCCGCCGCGGUACCGCAUCCGCAGCUGAUCGCGCGCGUGAUCGAGCUCGACAGCCGCUUCCUCACGAUCAGCGUGAUGCCGCUGCUGGCGCUGAGAAACAAUGCGACCCUCGAGUAUGUCAAGUUCUCGGAGGCGCACUCGUUCACGGGGCAGGCGGGCAGCUCCGUCCGUUUGUUGCACGCCGUGAAUCGCUUACUGCCCGCGGACCGACAGCUAAGCGCCGACGACCAGAUGAUCGUCAAGAACAAGUUCAUAUUGGCAUUCGUCGGCGACCUUCUGCUCGGCGAGUACUCCGGCUCGGAGACGGUGUCCGGCUACGUCGCCUUCCUUGUCGCUCUCCAACUGGCGCCGGCCAUGUCCGGCAGCUACUUGGAAGCGCUCCUCCCAGGCAUAGGAGGAUGGCCCGCCACCUUUGUCCGCCUAAUGACGUGCCUGGUCUUUCCCAACCAGGAACUCUCGUAUGCCAUGGCGGACCUCUUCGUGGAGUGGUACGUCGAGGACGGCAAGCUGGCCGCCAUUCGCGCCAUGUCCGCGGCCCUCUGGAACGCCACGGAGGCCAUCAUCGCCAACCUUUCCUGGAUCGACGAGUCCACGCGCGAGCGGGGCCUCGGGCACAUCCAGCGUCUGGGGCGCGUCGUCGGCCACCCGUUCGACUUGUCCGCCUCGAAGGAGCAGCUGCGCGCGCACUACGCCUUCGUGCCCAGGCUUCCGGCCAGCCACGCCGCCAUGUUCACGGCGGUGCACGACGCCCAGGCGACGCGGCGUCUGGCGCGGCUCAAGGCGCCCGACCCCGAGUUCAGAAGCGAGGACCCCGAGCAGCCGAUGAUCCUGGUGAACGCAUUCUACCUACCUGUAUACCACUGGGUCUUCAUCAUGGACGGCAUCAUGUUCGCCCCGUUCUAUGCGCUCGCGAUGCCCGAGUCGGUCAACUACGGCGCCUUGGGUCACGUGGUGGGUCACGAGGUCACGCAUGGUUUCGAUCCCGUCCUCGGUGUCUUCAACGCGUCUGGCCUGAAGGACGACUGGUGGAGUCCCGAAUCGAGGAAGCUGUUCGACCAGCGCAUCCAGUGUCUGCGCGACCUCUACAAUGCGGCACCGUGGACGCAUGGCAUUAAGUACGGCGACACUGCGCUCUCCGAGAAUUUCGCCGACUGCGGCGGCAUGGCGAAGGUGCUGCGCGCCUUACAGGAACUCGGUCCGCAAGCCGACGUUAUGCUGGGCGGGCACCGGUUCACCGCUCUGCAGGCGUUCUUCGUGAGCAGCUGCUUCAAGUGGUGCACCAAGAGCCUUCCCAAGCGGAAGGCGAAAGACGACGACGACGAGGACAAAAACGCAGAGUGGGUGCGCCUGUACUCGCCUUUGAACAUGCGCUGUAACGUUCCUCUGAUGAACACCCCGGUGUUUGCCGACGCCUUCAGCUGCGCGCCGGGCACAGUCAUGAACUCGAAAGUGCGUUGCGACCUCUUCUGACCGCGCUCUCGUCUCGUCGCCGUCCUCGCGCGUAGCAGGCGCAUUACGUUUGCGUCACGGACAUCGCCACACUGACAUCUACCGUAGCGUUUAGAUUCGCCGUUCUUCUUUUUAAAACUUAUUUUCAUUUAGCUUAUAUUGUACUCAUAUCUGGUUAUGUGUGUGCGUGACAAUGAUGCCAGUACGUGCAAUUAUGGUAUUGAUGUCUCGAAACCUGUUUUAUUGUUAUGCGACUGCUACUCGUCUAGCCACAAUUGAAAAAAAAAAUUGCGUGAAUUUAUAUAUAUCAUCAUCAACAUGCAACAUCAGCAGCCUAUUUUUGUGUCUACUGCAGGACGAAGGCCUCUCCCAGCGAUCUCCAAUUACUCCUGUCUUACGCUAGCCGAUUCCAACCUCGCGCCUGCAAAUUUCCUAAUAUCACCCCACCUAAUUUCCAUGGAUAUGCGCCAUUGCAUAUGAAUCAGCACCAUCAUUAGCUACACGUGAACGUGCUUCAUAGGCCGGUCCCUCGUUGUCGGUAUGUGCCAUAGAACAAAAUUAUCAUCAUCAUCAGCACGCGGCGAUCACCUCAAAGAGCUGUAGUUGGUCAUCGUCAAUCCCUAUUGUGGGUAUGUGCCCACGGUAUGGUAAAUCAUUAUAAUAAACACGUGGCAACCAUCUGAAAGAGAUGGUUGGUGUCGAGCAUAU